GGCGGAAGCGGGGUCAGGCUGGCGUGCGCGCUCACGUGAGAGAUCCUGCGGGUUACUAGAGACGCGCCGCGGCUCGCGCGCUUUCACAGAAUAACGGUUAAAAACCGGAGGAUUCAACCGACGACGCUCCGACGCCGCGACACGCGUCUGAGAAACGGAAACGUCUGCGAUGUCCUUUAUAUUCGACUGGAUCUACAGAGGCUUCAGUGGAGUGCUGCAGUUUUUAGGUUUGUAUAAGAAGUCUGGAAAGCUGGUGUUUCUCGGGCUGGAUAACGCCGGGAAGACGACUCUCCUGCACAUGCUCAAAGACGACAGAUUAGGACAGCAUGUGCCCACGCUGCACCCUACAUCCGAGGAGCUGACCAUCGCAGGAAUGACGUUCACCACGUUUGAUCUGGGCGGUCACGUUCAAGCGCGGCGUGUGUGGAAGAACUACCUCCCGGCGGUCAACGGCGUGGUCUUCCUGGUGGACUGUGCGGAUCACGAGCGUCUGGACGAGUCUAAGGUGGAGCUGGACGCUCUGCUGUCGGACGAGACCAUCGCCGGCGUGCCCGUGCUGCUCCUGGGGAAUAAGAUCGACCGCCCGGAGGCCGUGAGCGAGAUGAGGCUGCGAGAGGUGUUCGCUCUGGACGGACAGACCACCGGGAAGGGCAGCGUGUCUCUGAAGGAGCUGAACGUCCGGCCGCUCGAGGUCUUCAUGUGCAGCGUCUUGAAGAAACAGGGUUACGGCGAGGGCUUCCGCUGGCUCUCACAGUACAUCGACUGAUUCUACCAUCAGAAACCUGCACUUUCUCUCUCAGUACGGGCUUGUUUUCACUAAUGAAGAGCAGUCAGAAUCGAGGCUCGUCUUCUUAAAACUGUGAGGAAGGUACGCUUCGUGAGAUCUCACAACUCUGUCUCUUUGUUUCUGCCACGGAUGAGGAUGAUUGAGAUUUUUCUGAUUUCUGGUUUAUAUUGAGUAUCUCACAG